AGAUAUUUGCCGGAGUGGCACUAAAACCAAAAAAAAAAAACAAGAAUGGGCUCUCCCUUGUGGUCUGUUUUGUUCACUGCUUCGCACCGUGUGCGCAUAAUUUUGGUAACAACUCUUGCCGUGUUUACGCAAUUUGCGCAGCAGCUUGUGUCAUCGCAACUGCAACCGUCGGAAGAAACCCUUUCUGACACUUCCACGCGCUGGACCUCCCGUCCGUGGUCGCAUUUCCGGGAAACCCUUGUCGACGACUUAAUCCAGUUCUCCAAAAUUUACAAGGACCGGCCGCUGGAGCACAACAGAUGCGGUGUGCAGUUCAACCACGCCUUUGGCUUGUGGCGGGAAGUGAAGCGUCUAGCGGACAGAAACGCAAUCGAUACCGUUCUGGAGAGCGGAUUUAACCAGGGCCAGUCGACGUAUUUGCUGCGACACGCGCUCGGUGUCCACGAAAAUGGCACGGAUGCGCUGUUGUGGAGACACGAGCAGCAGGAAAGUCGAGCGGGAAGUAAUCAAGAAAAAGUAAUCAUCUCCAUGGAUCCUCUAUCUGAGCCUAUUUGCCAAGGAGAUAGACGCCGAAUUUUCAUCAAUUCCGCGGCACAUACGUAUCUUUUAGGCCCCUUUUUCACCGACAUCACGGACCUUGAUUUUGCCCAAGGAAAUCUAGCGGAAUCGCCACAAGAACUGCAGAGAUUGCUCAGCGAGCGGAUUACAAAUUUGCGGAUGAAUGAGGGGAUACGCGAUCAAAAACGCGAAGGGGAAUCACAGGAAUCUACGGAAAAGGCUUCUGGUCAUUUAUUUCAGAGUGCCUGCGAAAGUCGAUGCAAAAGCCAGUGCAAAAGUCACGAAGUCCAGGGUCACGACCGCAGCAACGGCAGCCGCUCGCUUGCCUCCUCAUUUAAUAUUUCGCGCAUGAUUUAUAACCCGGAUCUUACAGAGUUGCGUAUCGUCGAGCUAGAUCUCCUGGAUGCGGAAGAGUCGCACCCCCAGCCGCUCCUCGAAGAGAAGGCAGGGUCUUACCAACCGGCUGCUGACUCAAAAAUUGAUCCGUUCUGGCUGCGAACCUUCUACGACGCGGUCAAACCGGAGCGAGCGUUGGUCUUUCUUGACGAUCACGUAGCGCCGCUCGUGCGACUCGCCAGCCUGCGCGCGCGCGGCUUCAAGCGCUUCAUUCUUGACGACAACUAUCCGCCCGGGCUAGGCUGGAGCCGAGGGGAACGUUUGCUUACGCCGAAACAAAUUCUUGCGAGCGCCGGCCGGGGGUCGGGGGAGAGGGAGUCUGUGCGACCCGUUGCGUCAGUAGAAGAAAAAGGAGCGGCUGCAAGUGCAUCUGCAGCCGCGACCAAGAUGAAGAAAACUGCGGAGCUAGAGUGGUUUGAAAACAAUGUGGUUGAGUACACGGUGAUUCCUCCGGUUCUUAGUUUCCCUGCGCUUUUCGGCACAGAGGAGACCACGGAAGGUAUUCUACAGUGGAACUUCCACAAACGCUUCAGCAGCGCGGAGGGCGUUGGGAGCUGCUUUCGCAGGAUGGGCGGGGAAAAAGUGGACCCAGCGGCACUACUCAACGCGGAACAUGACGAUGACAUGCACAUUGUUGAUAGAAUCAUGAUACGCACGCUGAAUUUUAACCUCUUGGACGUUCAGACCGAUCCUGAAAAGUAUCUCCACUAUUUUGGCUACUGCUGGAUGUCUUACAUCGAGCUCAAGUGACAGAAUGGACGAGUCGUGGUUCCCAUGAUGUGCUGUGCGUUCAUACUAGUGUCAUCUUUGUUCUUUCAGCG